CCGAGCCUUCGCGCUUCCGGAGGCCUCGGGGCCCACCUUGAGGAGAAUGGAGAUGGCGGGGGACGCCGGGGAUCCGGAACCCGACGAGAUCCGGGAUCUGAAGCCGUGUCUGCUGCUCCGCAACCACAGCCGCGAACAGUACGGCGUGGCCGCGUCCUCUCUCGAGGAGCUGAGGAACAAGGCCUGUGACAUUCUGGCCAUUGACAAGUCGUUGGCACCGGUCACCCUGGUCCUGGCAGAGGAUGGCACCAUAGUGGACGAUGACGAUUACUUCCUAUGUCUGCCUUCCAAUACUAAGUUUGUGGCGUUGGUUGGUAAUGAGAAGUGGGCAUACAACAAUUCAGACGGAGGAACAGCGUGGGUUUCCCAAGAGUCCUUUGAUGUGGAUGAAACAGACAGCGCAGCAGGGCUAAAGUGGAAGAAUGUGGCCAGGCAGCUGAAAGAAGAUCUCUCCAACAUCAUCCUCCUGUCAGAGGAGGACCUCCAGGUGCUCAUCGAUGCGCCGUGUUCAGACCUGGCCCUGGAGCUGUGUCAGAGCUGUGCCACUGUCCAGGGGCUGCAGGGCACCCUCCAGCAGGUGCUGGACCAGAGAGAGGAAGCCCGCCAGUCCAAGCAGCUCCUGGAGCUCUACCUCCAGGCUCUGCAGAAGGAGGGCGCCAUCUUGUCACAGCAGCAAGAGUCCAGAGCCGACCUCAGCGAGAUGGACACGGUUGACGUGGGCGUGAGCAGAGAGGGCUCCUCGGGAAUCACACUUAGAAGCCAGAUCCUGACGGCACUGAAGGAGAAGCCUGCCCCAGAGCUGAGUUUGUCUAGUCAGGAUUUGGAGCUGGUUACCAAGGAGGACCCCAAAGCAUUGGCUGUUGCUUUGAACUGGGACAUAAAGAAGACAGAAACUGUUCAACAGGCCUGUAAUCAGGAACUUUCCCUGCGCCUCCAGCAGAUACAGAGCUUGCACUCUCUCAGGAAUGUUUCGGCAAGGAAGACUUCCCUGCCCGGAGACCCGCAGCACCCCAAACGGGCCAGACAAGACUCCACUUAGCUGCACAAAAGCCAGAGAAAACCCUCUGACCUUGUUCUUUGUGAUCAGGAAAUCCCUCUGGCCUAGCACUUUCUGCUACUUAGACACUCCUCUCGCCCUGCCUCAGGCCCUGUUCUGGAAGACUGGCUUCACGCCCCCCCCAGACGCUAGUCCAGAUCUCGGCAUCUGGCCUUCCGGCUCGUCUGAGUCAUACAGCUGCAGCAGCAGGGCCCAGCUCUUCUUGCCGUGCCUUGUGAUCUCUGAAUAAGCAGUUGUGAAGGGCAGUGAAAAGAAAUCGUCCUGUUUCACGGUCACGGAACCCGGAGAGCUCUAAAUGCAGUUAAUGGAGAAAGGAAUGUAACAGCGCGGUCAUGGCCACAAGCUUGCUUCCCCGGUUAGUGAUUUGUUUGUUUGUUUGUUAAAAGGCACAUAUUAAGCUUGCAGACCACAGGGAGAUCCAGGGUCUAAUUCCCCAUUUCUAAUAUCUGCUUCAGUAUUGUGAAAUUAUACGUUACCACUGUGAAACUCUUUGGCUUUCUAAUAUCUUUCGUCAGCAGGGGGUAUAAAAGGUCAUUAACUUGAUGUCCAUGAGAUAUGACUAAGUCUCACUGCGUGCAGACCAGAGACUUCUGGGUCAUAAACCAUCUGUUUCCCCACAGACAUGUUCUCCUGGUUUUGCUGUCCAUAGUUCGGUUCCCUUGCAGGACAGAGAGCAUCAGUUGACUUUCGUGAGCCUGUAGGAAACGGGAAUGCUGCUGAGAGACUCAGUGACUAACAAGUAAAGAAACACCAUAACCUGGGCGGCGGGCGGGGUGCAGAAAGCAAAGACCACCGCUGCCUCUGCGAACCUCAAGAAGGAUGCUGGGGGCUCUUCAGCAUCCCGUCACAGAUGCCUUACACCGUCAGGGUCUCUCGAAUAGGCCCCAGUAUUUCCUUCUCCGAUAGGCUAUUUUGGCGUGUCUUCCUCAUAUCCUGAGAGCUGGAGCUGCUAACUUGCACAUGUUCUCUCAAAAACACCGACACCCAUUCCUCUUCGUGGCGUGUGAAGUAGGCCAGGCCCAUCGGAUCCUGAGUUCUAGGGAGUUCUUUCCUUGGUAAAGUUCUUUCCUUGGUAAAGUUCUAAUGUAGUGUUUGUUUUAAAAAGCCUCAGCCUAAUACCCCAAAUAUGAUAUUUCAGGAAAACACAAAGGACAAUAACUUCAAUGCAGCGGCCUGUGUGAUCGGUGCCGGGCGUGGCUGCACCGGAGGGGCUGGGCCCAGUCAGGCACUUGCACUUACACAUGAACUUGUGAGUUUGCCAGGCUCACGUGGGUGUGCCGCAGCGUCACAACUGAAGACCACAAGUAGCAUUGCUCUUUGUAAAGGGUUUUUCAAAACAGUGAAGUUCUGGACUUUAAAAUAUCCAUACAAGGUAGCUGCAUUCUCCAAAAAUCCAGGGAACGUUGAAACUGGAAAAAAUACACUAUGUAUAAGACAAUUAGACUUCAGGCGGAGAUGGCUGGGACAGGUCUCCACCCACGUGUGUGUCCAGCGUGACACUCAGCGGCCAGGUGGGUGCUGGGCGGUUCUCCGUGGCAGGGAGGCGGGUCCCGUGGCUGGCCGCUCGACGCCAGGGCCAUCCCCAGACCCCGAGACAACUAAAAGCAUCCCCGCACAUUAACAAGCCCCCGGAGAGGCACUGAUGCCAAUGGAGGAUUUUUCUAGCAGUUUGCAGUUACACGCUGGCACCACACACACGAGCCUCACAGAACAGCAAGGAGGCAGCUGUGGUUGUGUCGGUCCUGCGUGGGCAGCGCUGUGCCCGGCAAGGAGCAGCGGCCUGCCCUGUCAGGGCUGCGGGGCGGGGGUAGAUGGGGGGUGGAUUCCAAACGCAGACCUCCAGUUUUCAUCCAGUGUGUCCCCACUUAUUUCAGGCCCACACUCCCAGAUCACUGGUUUCGCUAAGCUGGUGUAGUAAGUCGGAGUGAACUCCAGCCGCAGGAGGCUGCUGCGUGGACAGCGUGAUUGCCUGCCCAGCCCCGGCCUUCUAGAGGAGAUGUGUCUAAAAAUAGCCCCGGGGGCCACCCCGGUGGCGCAGCGGUUGAGCGCUGGGUUGCGAAGCUGCCCGCGGCCUCUGCGGCGCCGGUUCGAUCCCCGGCUGCUCCCCGGCCACCAGAGGAGGGUCCCACAUGGCGCGCAGACCUCUCCUGCCGCCCGCUGCUCCCCUCCGCAGUGUACUUCGGUCCUUCUGCCUGCUCUGCUCCCCGCUCUG